ACAGUGGCCAACUGUGUAAAGUUGAAGCUGAGCAGCAGUGCUGUUGCAAUGGUGUGUGUAUGUAGCGAGUGAAGAGUCGAACAUAAAAAGCGAAGCAUUUGACAGUUGUUGUAAAAGUAUUGGUGCAAUAUUCUAAAUAUGUAUACACACUGAAAUAUCGUCCAUGUCAGUCGUGAGGUUUUUUCUUUCUCUCUUUCUUUCUCUCCUCUUUUGUCACUACAGAGUCAUAGAAUAGUAAUAGCAACAGCGUACAAGAAAUUAAAACAAGUGUGAAAAUUCCCAUUUGUGUAAGGCCAACUAUUGAAAUUCACAGAUUUGGAAAAAUUGGUUUAAAGAUGCAAAUCGAGAUGAUUUGAUUGACAGCCCAACUCCAAAUAAAACCAAGAAUAUCGCGCAACGGUGAAAAACAACGCGCGGCAUAAACAGAAACGGAGAAGUUUUACGGUGCAGACUCUACGCAAAGGGAAAAAAAAUUCAAUACUAAAUUAGUGAAAAAUUUGUGUACGACUAGUGUAGUAGUUUUUUUUUUGUCUUCAAUUUUUGAUCUUGUUGUUUUGAGUCACAAAUUGCACACCAAAUUCAGUGCCGUGAAAAAUGGCUGAAAGUGUUGUUGCACAACCACCGCAAAGGUUUUAUUGUCACAAAUGUAAUGUGGAAAUCGAAAAUGUGUCUACGGAAUACACAUGUCCAUUGUGUGCUGGCGGAUUCAUUGAAGAGCUACCACCGAACGGUUCAAAUGACCGAAGUCGCAGCACAAGCAGUAAUGACGACGUUGAAAUUGGCGAAUUCGAUAAUCACCGGCUAAACGAACGAAUCUCUUCGUUAUUGAUGUCCUCCAUUGGAGGCGGUCUCAGAUCCAUGGACGAUGACAGCGAUCAAUCAUCAAAUCAAGAUGGUAGCUCUGCAAGUGGCCAACGGCCAAGACGCGUCCGGAAUCGUCGUGCACAAGAUAUGCCAAACUUUGAAAAUAUCAUGCAAGAAUUUUUGAUAUCCAUUUCGGGUGGUGCUGCAAACAAUGUGGCUGGUGGAUCGGGGCCAAUGUUUUUCAUGGGCAAUCCAGGUGACUAUGCAUGGGGACGCGAAGGUUUAGAUACUGUGAUUACGCAAAUGUUAAAUCAAAUGGAAAAUUCAGGACCACCACCGCUUGCAAAGGAAAAAAUUCAAGAUAUUCCGCGUAUUGAAAUCAGUGACGAACAGGUCGAUCAAAAGAUGCAAUGCUCCGUAUGCUGGGACGAUUUUCAACGAAUGGAAACAGUUCGAAAGCUACCGUGCACGCACAUAUACCACGAGAAUUGUAUUGUUCCAUGGCUUGAACUACACGGCACAUGUCCAGUUUGCCGAAAGGCCGUAGACAAAGAUGCAAGCGAAGAUCAACAAUCCACUGCAAUGCCUGGUUUAACGAAUAUUUCAAAUAGAAUAGGCAAUGUAUACCGAACAACAUUCAAUUUUUUCAAUCAAGGAGACAGCGAAUCAUUGAGUAGCGUGUCGUCAGAGGGCCCCGAUGGAAACAUAAUAUCAUUUAUAUCUAGUCAUCUGCAAGAUCAAUCACAUCCCGAUCAGUCGCAGUCCGAUUCAUCGUCGCAACAACCGAGCGAUCGCAGCAGUUCAUCUCGACGCGAUGACGAUGGAAAUGUUGAAUUUGACUGUGACUAGAGCGGCCUUGCUGAGGCAUAUUCCCGGUUCCAACCAAUCUAUGCGCGCGUGUGUGUGUGGCUAGAAUAAUGAUGAUGAACGCAACACAAAAAGAGAAAAAAAACCAACAACAACAACAAAUAUUUAACCAACUACUUUGAAACCUAUUUAGCCAUUUUCUAAACCAACAAACAAACAAAAAAACAAACAAACAACAAAGCAAAAUUAUUGCAUUGAAAUCAAAUUUCAAUUUAUAGUGGCGGUGGCAUAAAUAGCCAUCCGCUUUAUAAAUAUCAACUAUUAUCGAUCGAGAAGAGAGAGAAGUAAAAGAAGCCCAAAGUGUAAUUAUUUGUGCAAAAGUGCGGACAAAAGCCACAUCAAAUUAUUGAUUUGAACAGAGAUGAACAAAACUCAACACUCAACACUCAAAUUGCACACAUUCACGUGUUUCUUUUAUUUCUUCUUUUUUUUAUUGUAAAACUACCAUAUAAAACAAACUUACUUAUAAGUGAAGAGUAUGGACCGUAGCAGCAGGACGGUGGAAAAGUGUAUGAAAAUAAAAGACCAACUUUAUAUUAUCUAAACGAGGUUAAAUUCAAUGAAGAGUAAAGACAUGUGACGCAUUGUUGCUCAAAUGAAAUGUAAUGCGCAAUUUUACGCUUAAUUUAGAAUUCAUCAUUAUCACUUUUUUUCUUCUUUGAAUCCGUUUUUCGUUAACGAAUCACAUACAAUCGAUAGAAACAACUUAUUUGUUCUCUUCAAUAAAAAAAAAACCAUAUGUAUUUGUACGAUUGAAAAAAAAGAGAAAACCAUGAAAUUUGUUA